AUGUCCUGCCGCGUGCGCGACCGCUGCUUGGAGCUGGAGCGCGCCAUCGUUGGCCGCGUCAGCUCGGGAAACCUUGGCCUCGACGACGCCGUCAAGCUGUUCGGUGAAUUGCUAGACCACGCUAGGCCGGCCUCGGUGAUCGCCAUCAAUCAGCUCCUCGCCGCCGUCUCUCGCGCCCAGCGUAGGGGCUCCUCGACCUCCGCGCUCGUCGUGUCCCUCUUCAACCGGAUGGUCCGUGCCUCCCCGAACAAGGUGGCUCCCAAUGGGUCCACCUACAACAUCCUCAUCGGUUGCUUCUGCCGAAUGGGACGCCUGGAGCUUGGUUUCGCCGCCUUUGGCCUCACCCUUAAGACAGGCUGGAGGGUGAAUGGCAUAGUCAUCAGUCAGCUGCUCAAAGGUCUCUGUGACAGAAAGUGCGUGUCUGAGGCUAUGGACAUAUUGCUCCGACGAAUGCCUGAGUUUGGCUGCCCACCAAAUGUCGUGGCGUACACCAUCGUCAUCGAUGGCUUAUUUAGAGAGGGUCAGGUGGACAAAGCUUACAACCUAUUUCGUGAAAUCGAUAACCAGGGGAUUUUGCCAACUGUUGUGACCUACAACACAGUCAUCAAUGGCCUGUGCAAAGCUCAAGCUGUUGACAGGGCCGAGGGUGUCCUUCGGCAGAUGGUUCAUAAAGGCGUUAAGCCAGACAAUCAGACAUAUAAUUGUCUGAUCCAUGGACAUUGCUCUUCAGGACGGGGGAAAGAGGUGGUUCGAAUGCUCAAAGAAAUGUCCGCACAUGGUUAUCAGCCAGAUAUUGUCACUUGUAAUUUGCUGCUGGAUUACCUUUGCAAGAGUGGAAGAUGCACAGAGGCUAGAAAGAUUUUUGAUUCUAUGAUUGAAAAGGGCACAAAACCUAAUGUAACUACAUAUGGUGUUCUGCUUCAUGGUUAUGCUACCAAAGGAGCUCUUUCUGACAUGCAUGGCCUCUUGGAUUUGAUGGUAGAAAAUGGUGUUUCACCUGACCAUCGUACCUUUAACAUAGUUCUCUUUGCGUAUGGUAAAGGUGGUAUGAUAAAUGAGGCAAUGCAUAUCUUUGACCGAAUGAGGCAGCAAGGGUUGAGUCCUGAUGGAGUAAACUAUGGAGCAUUAAUAGAUGCACUUUGCAAGUCGGGAAGAGUGGACGAGGCUAUGCUCAAAUUUAAUCAGAUGAUCUAUGAAGGGGUGACUCCUAAUAUCAUUAUUUUUAACUCACUAGUUUAUGGACUGUGCACUGUCGGCAAAUGGGAGAAGGCUAAUGAAUUAUUUUCUGAAAUGCUGAAUCAAGGGAUCCAUCCCAAUGCCUCGUUCUUCAACACAAUAAUGUGUAACCUUUGCAGAGAAGGACGAGUCACGGAAGCCCAGAGUCUCCUUGACUUGAUGGUGUGUGUAGGUGUGAGACCUGAUGUUAUCUCAUAUAAUACAUUAAUGAAUGGCCACUGCUUAGCUGGUAGGAUGAAGGAAGCUAUGAAGUUACUUGAUGAUAUGGUCCGAGUUGGCUUGAAACCAGAUGCCUUUUCUUAUAAUACUUUGCUUCAUGGCUAUUGUAGAGCUGGCAGGAUAGAUGAUGCAGUUAGACUAUUCAGAGAAAUGUUAAGCAAUGAAGUUAGGCCUGGAAUUGUCACUUACAACAUGGUACUUCAGGGUUUAUUUCGGUCUGGGAAAUUUUCGGAAGCAAAAGAACUCUAUCCCAAUAUGAUCAAUAGUGGACUGCAGUUGGACAUUUACACGUACAACAUAAUUCUGGAUGGUCUUUGCAAAAAUAAUUGUGUUGAUGAGGCAUUUAAAAUAUUUCAGAGUUUAUGUUCUAAGGGUUUUCAACUAAACAUUAUUACCUUCAACAUUAUGAUUGAUGCUUUACUCAAAAGUAGCAGAAAGGAAGAUGCUAUGGAUAUGUUCACUGCUAUCUCUGCCCAUGGUUUAGUUCCAAGUGUUGUGACCUAUCGCUUAAUGAUAGAAAAUCUCAUAAAAGAAGGGUUGCUAGAAGAGUCUGACAAUCUGUUUUUAGCAAUGGAAAAGAGUGGAUGCACUCCAAACUCUCGUAUGCUAAAUGCUCUAGUUAGGGGUCUGUUGCAUAGAGGUGAGAUAAUGAGGGCUGGGGCUUACCUCUCCAAAAUUGAUGAGAUGAACUUCUCACUUGAGGCAGCCACUACUUCCUUGCUAAUAUCAGUUUUCUCGAGCGAGGAAUAUCAGCACCAUGCAAAGUCCCUGCCUGAAAAGUAUCAUUUUCUUGAGGCUGUCAAUAAAUGA